GGAAUACGUAAAGAAUGUCUAAUGUCUAAACGGGAGACUAAAAUGAUAAUAGACAUUUUGGAUAGUUAAAGUGCGACUUUAGAUGGCGGGGUGGGACCCCACUGUCCACCCUUCUCUUCUCUUCUUUCUUUCUUUCUUAUGCAUGGAUUUCGAUUACCAUUCCUUGUGCGCUGACUUCUCUCGCUCCCUCUCCUUGCACACACAUUUCUACAAACCCUAAUCUCUGACUGUGGAGGGAGGAGAGCUAACGAUUCCACCAUUUCCACUUCUCUUUACUCCAUCAGCUAUUCAAUGGGAGGCGUGAAUUCUAAAGUCGAAGAAGAUAAAGCCUUACAACUUUGUGAUGAACGGAAGAAGAUUGUUAGUGAAGCAGUUGAUGGCAGAUGCUUAUUAGCAGCCAAUCACACUGCUUAUUUAGAGGCGUUGAAAACCACAGGAAUCAAUUUUAGAAAGUUUGUUGAAUUGGACACUACAUUUGAAACUUCUCCCGUUCCUUUAGAAACCCCGGGAGGUGCUGAGUCAGAUGAUGAAUUUAAUUUGACUAGUUUGCCUCCGCUCAGGCGUCUAUCCUCGAGAAUUGUUAACGGGGUGAUUCAGGCAGCAAGAGAAAGCACUGUUGAAACUAUGGUUGGCCAGAAAGACCUCUUUUCCAGCAUAAAAGAUAUUGAGUGCCUCUUCAUUCAAGCUGCAGACUCAGGAAGAGAAGUUCCUCAGAUGCUGGAAGCAAAUGAAUUCCAUUUCCACCCAAUUCUAUCCCCUGGAGAUGAACCUGCUCAAACUUCUGUUAAGUAUCUGACAUGGCAUGGGACCAUGUCAUCGCCUUCUUCUUCACUGAGGGUCCCACAUGAUGUGAACUCAACAUAUAUAGAAAAUUCCUCCAAUCAAGAUGUUGAUGACUUUUGUAUGAAACCGGGUAGUCAUGCAUUGACCUUAGAUCGGCUGUUUGCUUGGGAAAAGAAACUCUAUGAUGAAGUUCAGGGAUGUGCAAUGGUGAGACGUGUAUAUGAUGAAAGGUGUAAGGUGCUCAGAGAGCUAGAGUCAAGGGGAGAAAGUUCCGGAAGGAUUGAUAACGUGCGAGCUGUGGUGAAGGAUCUGCACUCCAGCCUUGGGGUUGCCAUUGCCAGAAUAAACUCCGUCUCUAGGACAAUUGAGGACUUGAGAGACAAUGAACUUCAACCUCAGCUUGAGGGGCUGAUCCAAGGGUUUGCCUCCUCUUAUCACUUUAUGUACGGAGUAUUUUACAAAAUCGUUAGGUCUAUAUUUGCAGCCUUAAGAUGGUAGGGAAGUGAACAAGAAAAUGUUUAAAGGUAAACGUUUUUUCAAAUGUUUUCUUUGACCUUAGAAAAUACUGAGAAUAACCUUUCAACUUUACAUGGAUGCUUACUUUUCAUGAUAUUACGUGUUUACCGUUAUGUGUAGUUUGGUAAGCCGUAUGAAAUGUCAUGUAGUCAGAUGUGUAAUGUAAAGCUCACACUAAAAAUAUGCUCUGUAAUUGGUAAAUUGCAUUUUAAGUUAGUAUUAUGAUCUACCAAACUACUCUUUACAGUUUUGAGUCUUUUGACCCCAGGGAGAAAAAACAACUGGAGUGCGUCUUUGGCCAAACUUUGUGUGGUAAUACAUGCGGCACUUAGAACACACACUCUCAUUAAACCAAUAAUUACUCGUAUGACAAACAAUCACUGAUUAACAUGAUAAAUGCGUGGUGGGGGUACUAAGAAGAUAUUGGGAGUGUUUAGUCAUACAAUCACAUGUAUAGCUUCCUUUUAAUACAGUUCCCUACCCCCCUCCUCGAUAAGUGCAGAUUAAGAAGGAUGUGGGAAAUAAUGCUGGAGUCUCACAGACUUCAGCACCAAAUCAUUUCAGCCUCAAAUUCCCCUGGAAACAUGAAGAUCUCCUUUAUAAAUUCCUCAGAUUCACGCCGGGAAAUCAUAAUCCACCUUGAAAAUGAGCUAACAUCUCUAUCUUCAAUCUUCACCAACUGGAUAAGCGCUCAGAAAACAUAUGUGGAAUCCAUUAACACAUGGCUCACAAAGUGUGUGCUUCUCGAAGAGAAAUCUUCACGGAGACGAAGAAGAAGCGCGCCACCACUCAGAAAAUACGGGCCGCCCGUUUAUGUGAUAUGCGGUGUUUGGUUGGAGAUGUUUGAGUCUUUGCCUACUAAAGACGUGGUUGAUGCCAUGGGAACCUUAGCCUCUGAAGUGACCCGUUUCUUACCGCCCAGCCGUGAGAAAACCCGAGAAAACCCUUCGGGGGACCAUAGCAUUACUGUGUCUUUUGAUCGUUUCAAUACAGGCUUGGCUGUUUUACUAGGGCAGUUAAGUAAAUUUGCAGAUUCUUCUUUGAAAAUGUUCUCACAUCUUCUGGAAGUUACACAAGAUGCUAAAAGCAGCUAUGCAGGAUCAAAGUCGUGACAAUAAGUGGGAUGGAGUGUUCCCUUUCGAAGCUUGAGGUGUUACAGGGAUACUACAACUCGCGAUAGAUAUUACGAGGAAGAGACUUUAGGUCCCGUUUGGUACUCUAAAUAUAUCAAUUGAUCAUAAGUAUAGAAUGUAUCAUCUGAUUUCUUUGACAGAAAUGGAAUUUACCAUGACUAUUUAUUUAUUUUAUGAAAUACUUGGCACGUUCGGUCAAUAUUAGCCAAAUACCCUUGCCAAAUUUGUACGGUACAAUGAACACCUUUACAGUAAUUAAAUCUAAAAGUUUGAGUUUUUUCCCAAACUGGGGUAGUUGUAAA